AUUGAAGAAACAUUCACAGUCAAACAGGAAGAUCUGCAGGAACAAACAGACCUGAUGUUGCUGAAAGAAAAGACUCAUCAACAGAAUGAAAUGGAAGAGAAACAGCAAGACAUGACGACUGAUGAAAAACCCACACUGACGAAAAAGACUUUGUCAUGUGGAAGACCUCGGAAAUCCAAACUUAGGUGUAAUUUCAGCUGUAAACAGUGUGGAAAAAGUUUCAGUCAGAAGCCAAAGCUUGAUGUUCACAUAAGAGAUCACACUAGGGAGAAAGCUUAUACUUGCAAACAGUGUGGAAAGAGCUUCUAUAAUACAAGAAACCUAACAGUGCACAUGAGAAUUCACACUGGAGAAAGGCCGUACACAUGCCAACAGUGUGGGAAAAGCUUCCAUAAAACAGGAAACUUAACAGUGCACAUGCGAAUUCACACUGGAGAGAGGCCAUACACAUGCCAACAGUGUGGGAAAAGCUUUCAAACUACAGGAAACUUAACAGUGCACAUGAGAAUUCACACUGGGGAGAAGCCUUACUCUUGCCCUCAGUGUGGAAAAAGUUAUAGUCAAAAUAGCAACCUUGAAGUCCACAUGAGAACUCACAAUGGAGGAAGAACUUUUGUUUGCACACAGUGUGGUAAAAGUUUUGUUAAAAAACAAAAUCUUGACCUCCACAUGAGGAUUCACACUGGAGAGAAACCUUACACAUGCACAGAGUGUGGUAAAAGUUUCCCAUAUAAAAGCACACUCAAACACCACAUGAUAGUUCACACCGGAGAGAAGCCGUUUGCAUGUGCGCAGUGUGGAAAGAGCUUCACAUAUAAUGCUAACCUCAGGAACCACAUGAAUGGUCACACUGGAACCAUAGUGUUCACAUGUGAUCUGUGUGGAAAGAGUCUCACACACAAAUACUCCAUAAAGAACCACAUGAAGACUCACUCAGGAGAGCGUUUUAUAUGCAUUGAGUGUGGAAAGGGCUUUAAACAUAAAAGAAGCCUCAUUAGUCACGAAAAGAUCCACACUGGAGAGAAACCGUUCACAUGCACUCAGUGUGGGAAGAGUUUCAGCAAAUCAUCAUCCCUUAAUCAACACAUGAGGAUCCACACUGGAGAGAAACCAUUUACAUGCACUCAGUGUGGGAGGAGUUUCAGCCAAUCAUCAUACCUUAAUAAACACAUGAUGAUCCACACUGGAGAGAAACCAUUCACUUGCACUCAGUGUGGGAAAAGUUUUAGGCAAUCAUCAUCCCUUAAUUACCACAUGAUGAUCCACACUGGAGAGAAACCAUUCACAUGCUCCCAGUGUGUGAAGAGUUUCAGUUGCUCAUCUCACCUUAAUAAACACAUGAUGAUCCACACUGGAGAGAAACCAUUCUCAUGCACUCAGUGUGGGAAGAGUUUCAGACACUCAUUAUUUCUUAAACAACACAUGAUGAUCCACACUGGAGAGAAACCAUUCACAUGCACUCAGUGUGGGAAGAGUUUCAGCCAAUCAUCAUCCCUUAAUCACCACAUGAGGAUCCACACUGGAGAGAAACCAUUCACAUGCACUCAGUGUGGGAAGAGUUUCAUACAAUCAUCACAACUUAACCGACACAUCAUGAUCCACACUGGAGAGAAACCAUUCACAUGCACUCAGUGUGGGAAGAGUUUCAGCCAAUCAUCAAACUUUAAUCUACACAUGAUGAUCCACACUGGAGAGAAACCAUACACAUGCACUCACUGUGGGAAGAGUUUCAGCAAAUCAUCAUCCCUUAAUGAACACAUGACUAUCCACUCUGGAGAGAAACCAUUCACAUGCACUCAGUGUAGGAAGAGUUUCAGUUGCUCAUCUCACCUUAAUCACCACAUGAGGAUCCACACUGGAGAGAAACCAUUCGCAUGCACUCAGUGUGGAAAUCGCUUCAGCCGAUCAUCAAACCUUAAUCAACACAUGAUGAUCCACACUGGAGAGAAACCAUUCACUUGCACUCAGUGUGGGAAGAGUUUCAGCCAAUCAUCAUCCCUUAAUCACCACAUGAGGAUCCACACUGGAGAGAAACCAUUCACAUGCACUCAGUGUGGGAAGAGUUUCAUACAAUCAUCACAACUUAACCGACACAUGAGGAUCCACACUGGAGAGAAACCAUUCACAUGCACCCAGUGUGGGAAGAGUUUCAGCUUAUCGUGGUCCCGUAAUCUACACAUGAGGAUCCACACUGGAGAGAAACUAUUCACAUGCACUCAGUGUGGGAAGAGUUUCACCUGCUCAUCAUCCCUUAAUCAACACAUGAGGAUCCACACUGGGGAGAAACCAUUCACAUGCACCCAGUGUGGGAAGAGUUUCAGCUUAUCGUGGUCCCGUAAUCUACACAUGAGGAUCCACACUGGAGAGAAACCAUACACAUGCACUCAGUGUGGGAAGAGUUUCAGCAGCUCAUCACACUUUAAUUACCACAUGAGGAUCCACACUGGAGAGAAACUAUUCACAUGCACUCAGUGUGGGAAGAGUUUCAGCUGCUCAUCAUCCCUUAAUCAACACAUGAGGAUCCACACUGGAGAGAAACCAUUCACAUGCCUUCAGUGUGGGAAGAGUUUCAGCAAAUCAUCAAACUUUAUUCUACACAUGAUGAUCCACACUGGAGAGAAACCUUUUAAAUGCACUCAGUGUGGGAAGAGUUUCAGCCAAUCAUCACUCCUUAAACUCCACACGAGAAUCCACACUGGAGAGAAACCAUUUACAUGCACUCAGUGUUGGAAGAGUUUCAGCCGCUCAUCAUACCUUAAUCAACACAUGAGGAUCCACACUGGAGAGAAACCAUUCACAUGCACUCAGUGUGGGAAGAGUUUCAGCCAAUCAUCACACUUUAAUUACCACAUGAGGAUCCACACUGGAGAGAAACUAUUCACAUGCACUCAGUGUGGGAAGAGUUUCAGCUGCUCAUCAUCUUUUAAUCAACACAUGAGGAUCCACACUGGAGUGAAACCAUUCACAUGCCUUCAGUGUGGGAAGACUUUUAGUAAAUCAUUAAAACUCUCAAUUCACAUGAGGAUCCACACUGGAGAGAAACCAUUCACAUGCACCCAGUGUGGGAAGAGUUUCAGCUUAUCGUGGUCCCGUAAUCUACACAUGAGGAUCCACACUGGAGAGAAACUAUUCACAUGCACUCAGUGUGGGAAGAGUUUCACCUGCUCAUCAUCCCUUAAUCAACACAUGAGGAUCCACACUGGAGAGAAACCAUUCACAUGCACCCACUGUGGGAAGAGUUUCAGCUUAUCGUGGUCCCGUAAUCUACACAUGAGGAUCCACACUGGAGAGAAACCAUUCACAUGCACUCAGUGUGGGAAGAGUUUCAGCAGCUCAUCACACUUUAAUUACCACAUGAGGGUCCACACUGGAGAGAAACUAUUCACAUGCACUCAGUGUGGGAAGAGUUUGAGCUGCUCAUCAUCCCUUAAUCAACACAUGAGGAUCCACACUGGAGAGAAACCAUUCACAUGCCUUCAGUGUGGGAAGAGUUUCAGCAAAUCAUCAAACUUUAUUCUACACAUGAUGAUCCACACUGGAGAGAAACCAUUCAAAUGCACUCAGUGUGGAAAGAGUUUCAGCCAAUCAUCACACCUUAAACACCACACGAGAAUCCACUCUGGAGAGAAACCAUUCACAUGCACUCAGUGUUGGAAGAGUUUCAGCCGCUCAUCAUACCUUAAUCAACACAUGAGGAUCCACACUGGAGAGAAACCAUUCACAUGCACUCAGUGUGGGAAGAGUUUCAGCCGCUCAUCAUACCUUAAUCAACACAUGAGGAUCCACACUGGAAAGAAACCAUUCACCUGCACUCAAUGUGGAAGGAGUUUUGGAAGAAAAGGCGAUCUUAGGAUUCACAUGAGGAUCCACACUGGAGAGAAAAUAUCCACAUGCACUCAGUGUGGAAAGAGUUUUGGAAGAAAAGACCAUCUUAAGAUUCACAUGAUGAUCCACACUGGAGAGAAACCAUUCACAUGCACUCAGUGUGGGAAGAGUUUCAGCUACUCAUCACACCUUAAUGAACACAUGAGGAUCCACACCGGAGAGAAACCAUUCACAUGCACUCAGUGUGGGAAGAGUUUCAGCCAUUUAUCAUCCCUUAAUCAACACAUAAGGAUCCACACUGGAGAAAAACCAUUCACAUGCACUCAGUGUGGGAAGAGUUUCAGACACUCAUUAAUUCUUAAACAACACAUAAGGAUCCACACCGGAGAGAAACCAUUCACAUGCACUCAGUGUGGGAAGAGUUUCAGACAAUCAUCAUCCCUUAAUUACCACAAAAAGAUCCACACUGGAGAGAAACCAUUCACAUGCACUCAGUGUGGGAAGAGUUUCAGCCAAUCAUCAUCCUUUAAUCAACACAUGAGGAUCCACACUGGAGAGAAACCAUUCACAUGCACUCAGUGUGGGAAAAGUUUCAGCCAAUCAUCAUCUUUUAAUUACCACAUGAGGAUCCACACUGGAGAGAAACCAUUCAAAUGCACUCAGUGUGGGAAGAGUUUCAGAAUAUCAACAUCCCUCAAUUUACACAUGAGGAUCCACACUGGAGAGAAACCAUUUACAUGCACUCAGUGUGGGAAGAGUUUUAGCAAAUCAUCAUCGCUUUAUAGACACAUGAAGAUCCACACCGGAGAAAAACCAUUCACAUGCACUCAGUGUGGGAAGAGUUUUAACUGCUCAUCAUCCCUUAAUAAACACAUGAGGAUCCAUACCGGAGAAAAACCAUUCACUUGCACUCAGUGUGGGAAGAGUUUCAGCCACUCAUCAUCCCUUAAUCAACACAUGAGGAUCCACACUGGAGAGAAACCAUUCACAUGCCCUCAGUGUGGGAAGAGUUUCAUCAACUCAUCACACCUUAAUCAACACAUCAUGAUCCACACUGGAGAGAAACCAUUCACAUGCACUCAGUGUGGGAAGAGUUUUAACUGCUCAUCAUCCCUUAAUAAACACAUGAGGAUCCAUACCGGAGAAAAACCAUUCACUUGCACUCAGUGUGGGAAGAGUUUCAGCCAAUCAUCAUCCCUUAAUCAACACAUCAUGAUCCACACUGGAAAGAAACCAUUCACUUGCACUCAAUGUGGGAAGAGUUUUAGCCAAUCAUCAUACCUUAAAAACCACAUGAAGAUUCACACUAGUGUAAAAGAGUAUGUGUGCUUGGAGUGUGAGAAGACUUUUAUUACAGUUGCAGAAUUGAAACGGCACCAGAGGAUUCACACUGGAGAAAAACCGUACAAGUGUUCACACUGCAGUAAGAGGUUUACUCAAUUAGGAACCCUGAAAACACAUGAGAGGAUUCACACUGGAGAUAAACCGUACAAGUGUUCACACUGCAGUAAGAGGUUUACUCACACAGGAACCCUGAAAAAACAUCAGAGGAUUCACACUGGAGAUAAACUGUAGACAUGAUCAGUGUGUACUAGGGUUGGGUACCGAAACCCGGUGCCAUUAUAGCACCGGUACCUUGGUAACUGGUAUGUACCGGUAUUAAAUCAGCGUUUGAAUUUCGGUGCUGCGGGAUGGACGUGAGGGGUGCAUGAAAAAAGGCACAUAUAGGCGUUGCGUCACAGCAUCACUAAACAUUUAAUUCUAAACAACUUAGAGGAAUACCGACAGGCGAUAUCAGGCAAUUGUUAUUGUCGCUAGGGAACAGAUGCACGCAACGUUCAGAGUACAGAGCAUUUAGCCUGGAACCAGUGGUUUUCGGUGAGCGAGAGCGACACUCUUCAGAUCAACAUGCAUGAUCACGUUCAUCCAAUUUGCUUAAACUAAGCAUUCUAAAGCGUAUUUUACAAGCAAGGAUUCUUACACAGCAACUGUCUUUACAAAAGUGUGUGUAAGGGGGAAACAUGUCAAACUUAAUGACACAUUUGGGGGCUCAAAGGCAGAGCCUCUCUUGCGUGCUUUAGCUACAUUUACAUUUAGUCAUUUAGCAGACGCUUUUAUCC